UCAAACAAUGAACAAUAACGUGUUAAGCUGAGUUUCAGAGAACAUUCCCAGAAGAAGCGCAGGUUUCAUCCGAGCUCACGAAGAGAUGGAAAGUAAACGCUGGGAACGUUCCACUAGGGUCGCAUUAGAUUGUGCAUGUCUCCGUUUCAAAGGCUUGAUAGUGGCUCCUCCCUCUCUGUACCUUGUGACAACAACAACUCAUCCACAGAGCAGAGGCACACUUUUCUGCUGAUUUUCUUCCUGUCAUUCUCUCUCAAUCUUUCUCAGAGCCCUAAUUUCAGCACGGCACCUCUCCACAUCCAUUCGCGCGUCGGCGGAGCGCACUCGGGGUGGAUUUCUUCUUCUUUGCGCUACUUUUGCAUACCGGCUCUGUUUCCCGUCUGAACUUAUUUGAUAGGUGCAGAACACCAUGGCCGUACCGGCUGCUCUGAUUCCCCCAUCGUCUCUGGUCCAGCCGUGUCCGAUCUCAACUUCUUCGUCAGCAUCAUCAGCAUCAUCAUCAUCAUGUUCCGCGACCGCAGCAUCAUCAUCCUCACCCUCGGCCACUUCUGCGUCUCCUUCUCAGUCAGCGACUCAGAAUCUGUUCCGCACGGAUCUGCUCAGCACCAACACCAGCAGCAUCCCGCUGGCCGGCAAGCCCGUGUAUUCUACCCCGUCCCCAGUUGAAAACACCCCGCAGAAUAAUGAGUGUCGGAUGGUGGAGCUCAGGGGCGCCAAGGUGGCCUCUUUCACGGUGGACGGACAGGAGCUCAUCUGCCUGCCCCAGGCGUUUGACCUGUUUCUCAAACACCUGGUCGGGGGUCUGCACACCGUCUACACCAAACUCAAGCGGCUGGAGAUCACGCCGGUGGUGUGUAACGUGGAGCAGGUCCGCAUCCUGCGCGGACUGGGGGCCAUCCAGCCCGGGGUCAACCGCUGCAAACUCAUCUCCAGAAAAGACUUCGAGACCCUGUACAACGACUGCACUAAUGCCAGGUUAGAACACUCUUUUAGUGCUUCAAAAUAAAUAAUCAAUAGUGAAAUUAGAUAAGAAGUCAUGCGAACCUUUCGUUAGAAUGAAUGGGUAGUAAAGUUCAUGUAUAGCUACUUUAAGCUAAUUAUGACAGUAUUAUGUGGAAAUAAUGUACAGGAUAUUUGAAAGUACUUUCAGAUUUGUAUAUGCACUUUAAAAAAUAAAAGUCCAAAAUGUCUUUGCAGUCUGAUGUCACACGAGAACAACAAAUAACUUUUUAUUCGGUAGUUUUAUGUUCUUUACUUGUAAUGUGACAUCAGUGACUUUGAUCUAAAGAACUCUAUUUAGGGAGAAAAGUAGAGGGAUCUUUGCUGAACGUAAGGUGUUGCAAAGAACCAUUGAAGAAACACAUCACAUUCCUAUAUCAUUAAAAUAAUCCUAAUAAAAAUAUAGAAAAUGUGCAGCAUAUUCUAGAAUAUUAUAAAGUGACAAACUCAACUUCUUGCAAUAGCAGAAAGUUAAAUAUUAUAAAUGCAAACAUUUUAUUGAAAUGUUGCAUGUAAAAUACAGGGUGUUUUCUUUCUUCAAAUAUUGACCAGAAUUAAUCAUUCAUAAAUGAC